UUAUCAGUUCACUCUUCUUUUCCGUUUCGUUUGUUCGAUUCAUUCGCCCCCCCCCCCACACACACACACUUACUUCACAAAUGUCUGGCAGCAGCGCCGGGAGCAGUCCAACAGCUCUCGAUCGUGUGCACUUUGACACUGUCGAGCAGCCCCACUCGCCUCAGGCGUUCGACCCAAUCCCGGAUUUGCCGCUCUCCCCUACGCUGCUCGCCCGUGGCGUGUCUGUCUCUGGCUUUGAGACGACCGACGACGAAAGUGACAGUGAUGAUAAUAGCAGUAAUAACAAUCAUAAUCAGCGUGAUCAUCCUGGCCAUGACUCGAGCUCUGAGACGACUGAGACUGAGAACGGUCCGUCUGAGACUGUUCAUCAGAGCGACCUGUUUGGCACCCGGCAGAGUAGCAGCAUCAGCACAUCCACAGAGUCUACUGGGCUGCACUCGUCCGCUGAUGCUGAUGGUCGGCUGCUGCUGAGCCCGCUCAAGCAGUCGCACUCUGUGCCCUUGCCAACGUCAAUCCAGCCACUGGCCACCACCACUGCUGCUGCUGCUGCUGCUACUACUACUGCUACUACUACUGCAUCUGCUGGCAAUCAACACAACGCCAAUGCGCACGGCCCGCACGGCCCGGCCAAGAUCCGCAAGUCCGCGUCGCUGGGCAGCAGACCCGCGUCGGCAGCCAACUUGCGCAGAGUCGCCGCGUCGGGCCAGAUGCGAGUGUCAGCCGCGCAGACGCAGUUCCAGGGUACUGGCGGACAUGCACUCGCACGACGGCGAGGCAGCCAAAGCCAUGCCGCCGAUGCAGCUCCCGCGGUCGGGGGAUCGGACUCGCUACGUCGCCGCCGGAUACGUGCUGGCGCAGCCGCCAACAACGCACACGCACAGUCCGAGCAGGAUCGGAGUCACCAAGAAGACGACGUUGGCGAAUUCGUAGCACCAGCAAAACCGCUGUCGUUCGUCUCGUACAUGACUGCCGAGCUCACGCGAGGAUACCUCCUGGAAAGCGACGCCGUUCACUAUGCUGCGAAGCGCGAUCGCGUCUACACGACCCUCCAAAUUCCAUUCCAAGUCGAGCGCGUUAUCAUGUUUGGCUCGUUUCUCUGCUUGGACUCGUUUCUCUUUGUGUUCACCUUUCUGCCAGUGCGCAUUCUGAUUGCGCUGCUUACGUUCCUGCGAUCUCUCUUCACGAAACGACCUGGAAUGGACGCCUCUCAAGUGUGCGACGUGCUUCGUGGAGUGCUCGUAUUGACGUGUUGCGUUGGACUCGAGUUUAUGGAUUCAUCCCGCCUCUACCACUCUAUUCGAGGGCAGUCAGUCAUCAAGCUCUACGUGAUUUACAACAUGCUAGAGAUUGUCGACAAGCUUUGCUGCUCCAUCGGACAAGACAUCUUGGACUCGGUGUUUUGGACUGCCACCGAGCCGUCACGUCCGAGAGGGCAGCACGUGAUGGGCACGUUGCCGCACUUGCUGCUCGCCAUCAUUUACGUUUUCGGCCACGCAGUCAUCAUCUUUUACCAAGUGCUGACGUUGAAUGUGGCCGUCAAUUCGCACAGCUCGGCACUGUUGACGCUCCUCAUCUCCAACCAGUUUGUGGAGCUGAAAGGCAGCGUCUUUAAAAAGUUUGAGGCGCAUAGUCUCUUCCAAAUGACCUGCAGCGACAUGGUGGAGCGCUUCAGUCUUGCCGUGUUCUUGGUCAUGGUGGCUGCUCGCAACAUGUCCGAGCUCGGCUGGGACACGUCGUACCUGGUGAACACGCUCCUGAAGGACUUGAUUGCCGUCUACAUUUCCGAGUGCGUGCUUGACUGGGUGAAGCAUGCCUUCAUUACCAAGUUUAACAAGAUUGACUCGAGCGUCUAUCGCAAGUACAAGACGAUUCUGUGCAAGGAUUUGGCGAGUUCUCGUCAUUGCAAUACCAUGAUGGACCAGUCGCACCGAGUUGCUCGACGCAUUGGAUUUGUGGCUCUUCCAUUAGCAUGCGUUGUCUUCCGGACAUUUUCCUAUUCAAUCCCAAUCCCUCCUGGCAUGUACGGAGCGGUGGUCGCUAUCCUGGCCUAUCUCAUCUUGAUGGCGUUGAAAGUCCUCGUGAGCAUUGUGCUGCUCGGGCAGGCAUGUGAGCACUGGCGGCAACAUGCAACCGACAAUCUCGCCUUGUUGCUCCAGAAUGCUCCUCCAACGAAAUCAUCCGCCGCGAACGCCGCAGCAGGGGUUGCGUCCGAUGUGCCCGAGGCCCAAUAGCGCCUGUACUUUGUUUGCUUCUUGUUGAUUCAUUGUCUCUUGUGACUAGUGUCCAAUAUGACACUACACGCCUCUAUCUCUCUCUCUCUCUCUCUGAGAUGUCAUGACUUGGCUCAGUCCACUUUUGUCGCCCAAUUUUCAUUCGCGCAUCCACG